UGUUGAGAAAAUGAAGCUUGAUGAUGGAACAAGUGGAGGGAGUCAAGCUGUAGAGAAGCUUGAAAUUGUGGAAUGUGAUUUGGAGAAACCAGAUCAAAUUGGACCAGCAUUGGAGAAUGCAUCAACAGUUAUAUGUUCCAUUGGUGCUAGUGAGAAGGAAGUUUUUGACAUCACUGGCCCUUGUCGAAUCGAUUAUCGCGCCACCAAUAGCCUUAUUGAUGCUGUAACUGUUGCCAAAGUAAAUCACUUCAUACUGGUUACUUCAUUGGGAACAAACAAAUUUGGUUUACCUGCAGCUAUUCUCAAUGCUAUAGUGAGACCUAGAGGUAUGGAGCGGCCGACGGAUUCUUACAAGGAAACUCAUAACCUAACAUUAUCAACAGAAGACACUUUAUUUGGGGGUCAAAUGGCAGAACUUAUGGCAGUCGUGGCCAAGAACCCUGAUCUUGCAUAUUGUAAAAUAGUGGAGGUAGUAGCAGAGACAACUGCGCCGCUGAAUCCCACAGAGGAGCUUCUUGCAAAGAUAUCAUCUCAAAGACCUUACAUUUCUUCACCAAAGGAGUCCAAGUGA